AUGUAUAGCAUGAUGAUGGAAACUGACCUUCAUUCCCCCGGCCCCCAAACGAACACGACGACGGGGCAAACGGGGCCGAAUAGCGGGUCGAAAGCGAAUCAGGAGCGUGUGAAGAGACCUAUGAACGCGUUCAUGGUGUGGUCCCGUGGGCAGCGGAGAAAGAUGGCGCAGGAGAACCCCAAAAUGCACAACUCUGAAAUCAGCAAGCGGCUGGGCGCCGAGUGGAAGCUGAUGUCCGAGGCUGAAAAGCGUCCAUUCAUCGACGAGGCUAAACGGUUGCGAGCCAUGCACAUGAAGGAGCAUCCGGAUUACAAGUACCGACCAAGACGGAAGACCAAGACAUUGCUGAAAAAGGACAAAUAUUCCCUUGCUGGUGGACUUCUUUCUGGGCCGAGCGGUGGCGGUGGAGUUGGUUUAGGGGUUGGCAUGAGUUCAUCCGGGGUCGGGCAGAGGUUGGAGAGCCCCGGGGGUCACGGAGGUUCCGCCAGCUCCGGCUACGCGCACAUGAACGGCUGGGCGAACGGUGCGUACUCGGGGCAGGUGGCUGCUGCCGCGGCGGCCGCAGCGAUGAUGCAGGAGGCUCAGCUAGCCUACAGCCAGCACCCGGGAAGCGGAGCGCACCACCACCACCACUCACACCACCAUCAUUCACACAACCCCCAGCCCAUGCACCGCUAUGACAUGACAGCCCUGCAGUACAGCCCCAUCUCGAACUCUCAGAGCUACAUGAACGCUUCCCCAUCCGGCUACGGCGGGAUCACCUACACGCAGCACCAGAGCUCCGGCGUCUCUUCCUCAGCUGCCAUGGGGACAUUAGGGUCGCUGGUGAAGUCGGAGCCGAGUGUAAGCCCUCCCGUCAGCAGCACACACUCACGGGGUCCUUGCCCCGGAGACUUGAGAGAGAUGAUAAGCAUGUAUUUACCUACCGGAGAGCCGGGGGACCCCUCAAUGCAAACUAGACUCCAUGCCUUGCCGCAGCAUUACCAGAGCGCCACGGCUGGAGUGAACGGGACCGUCCCGCUAACACACAUUUAG